AUGGUAGACGAGACGCCUCUUCAAGUCUACUACGGGGGGCUUCUAUUUGCUCCGCAACUGUCACUGAUCCGGGGGGAGUUUGAAGCAGACCUAGAUUGGAUAUGUCAGCUACCAAAGGUUGAAGAAAGAUGGAGUGCAGAACUACAAAUCCUCGAAGGUCAUUUGGAUAUUGUCAAAACGGUGGCCUUCUCUCCAGAUGGCGCGUGGCUGGCAUCCGCCUCAUAUGACGGGACCGUGCGCUUCUGGAACGCCGCAACGGGGGAGCCGCAGCGAACCUUUGAAGUUGAUUUGGGGCACCCAUAUUCGAUGGCACUCUCGUCCGACGGUUCACAAUUCACUGCUAGCACUUGGACCAAUUGCUUAGAAAUAUGGGAUACGGCGACAGGCGUGCUACAGCACACUCUCGAGGGUCAUUCAGAUAGUUUCAUUUCGGUGACCUUCUCUCAAGAUGGAGCGUGGCUGGCAUCCAGCUCCGAAGACAGGACCAUUCACUUAUGGGACAAAAAAACCGGUGUAUCAAAGUAUACCCUGAAAGGUCACUCAGGCUACUUUUCCUCGCUAGCCUUCUCGCCCAAUGGCGCACAGCUAGCAUCUGGCUGUCGUGGUGGAACUGUACAGAUCUGGGAUGUGGCAACCGGCCUGCUGCAACAGAGUCGUGAGGGUCAUCUAGAUCAUGUCUCCUCGGUGGUCUUCUCACCCGAUAGUGCAUGGCUAGCAUCCAGCUCCAGAGACAGGACCAUUCGCUUGUGGGACAUGAAAACCGGUGUAUCAAAGUACACUCUGCAAGGCCACUCGGACUGGGUUCUCUCAAUAGCCUUUUCGCCCGAUGGCGCACAGCUAGCAUCAGCUUCUGCUGAUAACACAAUAUGCGUCUGGGACACAUUGACAGGCUCAUUAAGGCAGACUCUGGUAGGAAGUCCAGCACGCUCGGUUUACUCAAUAGUCUUCUCUCCGAGUGGUGAGCAGCUGGCGUCCGCCUGUGGUCACAGCAUUUGUCUUUGGGACAUAUCGACAGGGAUGCUAAGUGAAAGUUCCCAAAGCCAGACAGUCAAAGGUCAUUCAGAAGCAGUCCAUUCGGUAGCUUUGUCGCCUGACGGGACACGUCUGGCAUCUAGCGCUAGUGAUGGCGCUAUAUGCCUCUGGGACACAAGGACAGGCGCAUUACAGCAGACCUUGGGAGGUCACCCAGAAAACUGCAUCGAAUUGAUGACCUUCUUACCUAGCAGUGAACAGAUAGCUACUUGCUCUGGGGAGUGUAUACAUAUAUGGGAUAUAGCGAAAAGCAUCCUUCACAAUGAUCUCAAAGGCCAGACUUUUAAGAGUCGUUCAAAAAGCGGGUUCCAGUCAAUAGAUUUCUCACCCGAUGGCACACUGCUAGCGACCGCCUCUGGUGAAAGAACCAUAUGGCUUUGGGACGUGGCGACAGGCACGCUACAGAGGGUCCUCAGGGGCCAUUCCGAUUGGAUAUACUCAGUGGCCUUCUCCUCCGACAGCACACACCUGGCAUCAGGGUCCGAGGAUGCUGUCCUCCUUUGGGACACGGCAACAGGCGAGGUACAGCAGACGAUUUACGUCAGUCGAGAGGUCACUGAUCUUCGAUUUGGCCACGAUGGGUCAUAUUUUAUCGCCAAUCGCGGCUCGUUUGAUGUGAAAUCCGGGUCUGGGAGCCCAGUAAUUGGACUACGUGAUGGAAAUCGGGCGAUCUCCUACACGGUAGGGGAAGAAUGGGUAGCAUUGAAUGGUAAGAACACUCUUUGGCUUCCUCCGGGGUAUCGGCCUGGCCAUGUCGACCGUUACUCAAUCAGUGGCAAUGCACUUGCCCUGGGACUUUCAUCUGGGACUGUUUGUAUCAUGAGAUUCAAAGUCUAG